AUGGAUCAUCAAUUAUAUCUAAUCCAAUCUCAAUUUAAAGAAGAUUUAACCAUAAAUGUAAUUAGUAAUGAUAUUGCAGACUUAUUAAAAGAAGUAAAUGAUCCAGAAAUAAGGCAGAAGAUACUAGAAAAUUUAGCUAUCAAAGAGUUACAUACACUAAGUUCUCAAGAGCUUAGCAAGUUAAUUAGGGAUGCAGACAAUGAUACUAUUCAAUGGACUACCAGCACUGGAUCUUCAAAUCAGAUCGAUGUGGAAGCCCUAGCAAGAAAUUUUGUGAUUCACCUAAUUGCAAAACUUUUGUCUUCUAAGAGAGAUGAAGAACUCUUCAGAUACUUGUUAGGUGGUAUUCGACUAUUACAUUCCCUGUGUGAUCUUGCACCCCGCAACAACAAACUUGAACAGAUUUUGCUUGAUGAUCUGAAAAUAUCUGAACAGAUGCUUGAUUUGAUCUUUUACCUAAUCACUGUUCUUGCUAGCUUUAAAAAGGAAAGUCAACUUGCUCUGGUGCAUUCAGCACUGUUGGCCUGCAGUCUGUAUCUGUUAACAGCCUUUAUUUCUUCACAAUGGAAUGAACUUGCACUAGUCCUUCUUGCACACCCUAAGGUUGAUAUAUUUUUGCCUGUAGCUUUUGCUGCUGUCCACAUAGACAUUCAGUUUCUUCAAGUGAGGUUGUCUCAGUUUACUGAUACUGGCAUGCGGUCAAAUCUUGCUGAAGUCAACCGUCUGUGUCAGCAUUGUGAAGCUUCACUUCAAUUUCUUCAGUCACUUUGCCAACAAAGAUUCUUUCGUGAGCGCCUCGUUAAAAAUAAGGAACUAUGCGGAGAAGGUGGCAUACUUUUAUUGGCUCAUGACAUCAUGAAAUUACCAUUCUGUGAAGAAUCGUAUCUUAUGGCUGUUGUUUCCAGGCUAAAGUCAAAAGUCUUGUCUAUUCUACUGCAUCUUUGUGAAGUAGAAAGCGUCUCUUUCUUGGAUGUGGCUGCCAGCACUACUGCGGGUUUGACUUUAGCAAAGUCAACUAUAUUCCAGGUUCUUGAAUUGUUGAAGACAAUGUUUCGUGGAGAUCUGAAUGGGCUUUCUGCUUUCUCUGACAAAACCUAUCCACGUGGACUUCUGUAA